AUGCCACCAAAGAAAGAUACUGCGUCUUCUGGCGGCAAGGGUGAAGGCCGUGGACCGAAUGGCAACCGACCUGGCUUCCGAACCGACACGGCAAUUUCGAACAAGGGCGCGGCCGGGGAACGAGUCCUCCAGCCCUGGGUUCCGGAUUCUAGCGACGGUCUCGACGCGAGCUUAGAAGCACCUACCAACAGUGGUGCUUGGGAUCAAUUCGCGGCAAACGAGCGACUCUUCGGCCUCAAGACCGAUUACGACGAAAACAUCUACACGACUGCUAUCAACAAGAGCCAUCCUCAGUAUCGCGAAAGAAUAGCUGCCGCUGAGAGAAAGGCGCGCGAGAUUGAGCGCAGUGCUCCCACUACUGCACAUGUAGCGGAAGAGCGAGUGAUGGACUACAAUGGCUCUACUGGUGGAGAUGAUAAUGAGGAAGACAAGUACAGUGGCGUCCGCCGACAGGAUUUUCCACCUCUAGGUGGCGGGCGCGAGAACAGAUACACACCUCCCGCCAAGAGAGCCCCGGCUGCGCAGUCUAAUGUUAAAGGCGCCCCUGUGGACCCUGCAAUUAUUUCCUCGCAGAUAAAAGCACCGCAUAAGAAGCAGACACCUGCUGCUACUGCUGCUGGUGAUCUAUCUCGUGGUCAAACUCCCGACCCUACCAAGAACGAAUCCGCCUCCAAGCAUCAACCACCCAAGGCUGGGGACUCCCAGUCUAUUCACGAGAAACCGGUAGAUGGCAAAGCGGCACAGACAGGGGACUCCAAUAGACCAGAGAGGAAAGUCACGGAAAGCCCUUCAGCGGCCGGUUCUACUGCCCUUGUCAGCGCCAAACCUGCAGCUGAUACCCCUAGCGCCACAUCAACUGUUGAGCGUGACGUCCUGAACUCGUUCAAAACUUUCGCCACUCAACAGCGAAUGAACGCUGAAAAGGUUCGAAGCAGUAAGGCGAAAGCUGACAAAGAGGUCAAACUCACAGAGCUGCGGAAAUUUGCCACGAGUUUCAAACUUUCAACGCCUGUUCCAAACGAUCUGGUGUCUAUCAUUGCAAAAGAUCCGGCAAGGCAGAAGGAAAUUCAAGCUCGAGCAAUCAAGAACGCCGAGGAAGUCGCCAAAGCCAAAGCAGAUCCUUCUUCCAAGAGCUCACCAGCCAGUGGCAAAGGCACUCCUCCAAAAGCCAGUGAGCAAGGUACUGCCAUGGCUACGCCUACCGAUGCACGAAAUGCGCGGGCUCCGGCAGCACCGCACGGAGCUUCGCCAGCUGGUGCGCCGAACCGGCAUACCGGAGCUCGUCAGCCAUAUCCCCAGCAAUAUCAUGGCCAGGGAUACAGGAAUAACCGUGGCGGUCCACAUAAUAUGCCUGCUCAACAAACUGGCAACUUGGCUCAGCGGCUACGCAACGUCGAGCAGCAGAAGUUCUCGCAGCCGCCCGCCGCUCAGCAGGCUGUCGCUGGUCAAGACGCACGCGCGCCGCCAACUGGGCCGUCUGGUGCAAACGAUGCCAACUUCAACCGUCGACACAGCGCUCUGCCUGGUCACAUGAGUGUGAAGCUGAACCCCAACAGCCAUGAAUUCAGGCCUAGCCCGUUUGCCGCUUCUUUCAACCCCAACAGUCAUGCGAGUGCAGGUUCGAGCCCUCGCUCUGCUGUCAACAACGUGCCUGACGCAAAUACUGCUGCUACCGCAACUGGACACCAGCUUAUCCGACGCAAGACCAAGGCUGUCGAUGUUCGCAAGUGCAACAUCCUUUCCCACAUUAAAACCAUUCCUCCUCCCCAAGGCCGCAACUGGGAUGACAAUGGCGGCCUGCGACCUUCUUAUGAUACUAUGCCCACUUGGCGCCAGCUUCGGGAUGACGAGAAGGCCGACUCGACAAUGCACCUCACGUACAAGGAAUACUUUGAACGAAACCCAUUUUCCGGGCCUGCCAUGGCAACGCCAAAUCCUCAACACGCUCUCCCCCAUGUUGCACAUCAACACCAGCUGCCUUUCCACCUUCAACAUGGCUCGCACAACAUGAACCAGCGACAGUCUCCCGCCAUGCCGCCCAUGCAAAUGCAUACACCUCAUCACGGCCCUGGCCCUCAUGGCCAGUAUGGAAACGAUGAUCAUCGCAUGAUGCACUCCAACUCUCAACAAUCGUUUGCGUCGCCUCGUAUGGCACAAAUGCCGAUGGCGUACAACUCACCCGGUCAGAUGGCGUACAACCAGCCAGUAUACAUGGGUGGAGGUACACCACAAAUGGGCCAGUACCGGAGCUUCUCCAACAGCCACCAUCACUACGCACCACCCCAGGGACCUAUGAUGAUGCAGCCGCACUUUAUGCCUACGCCACAGGGAAUGGUUGGUGGCCCGCAGAUGAUGUAUCCGAAUGCCCAUGGACAGUUUAUGCCGCCUUCUGGUCCGCCACAGCCAGGCCCUGGAGCAAAUGGAUACCCUAGCCCAGGGAGGCCUUCAGCCUCUGCGAUGGCUCACCAAGGGUCGCAACAGGGCCAGCCCAUGUAUGGCAUGAGUCCAAGUGUACAGUAUAAUCAGCCUGUCUACGGACAAAUGCAGGGGGGCGCGCCAAGCCAGUGA